UUCUUAUGAAGCAAGCACAAGUUACACAUUCCUUUUCUAUUUUCCUUCCUACUUUUCCUUUCCAUUUCCCUGAAUCCAAACGGCCCUGUCCACUCCGUUAUUGACCUACCUCACGUGUUACUUGCGAGACUGACCAGUCAAGAUAGCAAAAGAGGAGCACACAAAGAAAGAAACGAACAAAAGCGGGAAACUUCGAACUAGGAAAAAAAUCAGUGGUCCGCAAAAUCCUACCACGACUCCUUUCUCUGUGCUUCGAAAAGGCGGUUUCGAAAUUGCUUGUUUGCGCCGCCAUGGAAGAAGUUAGGGCAAGCUCUGCUUGGGUCGCCAGUCGCUCUGCUCAUGUAUUCGUCGACUCCUCAGGAAUUGAGAAAGUUGUGGAAACCAUUAAAGACUCAAUUCCGAAAGUCGAAUGGGAUUUCGAAGGGAUUCACUAUUUCGAUAAUGGUCCGCUCACUGUUCAGUACUUGUUUGUCUUGGAUGCACUCAAUUUUUGUUUUUGGCCUGACAAGGAUUUGAGUUAUGAUCAUUUGGCCUCUGGAUUAAAGGCUGCUCUUCAAAAUGAUAAAUCUGUGUUUGAUGCUGAUCGUCUGCAGAAGUACACUGGUCCUCAAUUACGUGAAUUAUUGAAAUGGCCAAGACCACUUCCUUUGGAGGAUGAACGGGUCCGCUUAAUGCAUGAGAUUGGGCAUGAACUGGAAAGAAGCUUUGAGGGAAAAGCAUCCACUCUUGUGGAGUCUUCUGGGAAAUCAGCAGGAAAGCUUGUAGCUCUUGUUACCCGUCACUUUCCAGGCUUUCGCGAUCACUCAGUGUACAAGGGUCACCAGGUAUUCUUGUAUAAAAGAGCUCAGAUAUUUGCGGCAGAUUUGUGGGGUGCAUUCAAGGGCGAAGGAUAUGGCGAGUUCAAUGACGUAGGUUCAAUUACCAUAUUUGCGGAUUAUAUUGUUCCAGCUGUGCUUCGGCAACUUGGUGUUCUAAGAUACAGUUCCGCCCUAGCCAGCAUUAUUGAGGCUAAUAGUGAAAUUGGUCCAGGCAGUGAGGAGGAAGUAGAACUACGAGCUUGCUCUGUAUAUGCUGUAGAGAAAAUGAGGGAGUUGAUCGGUACAAAAUCUGGAAAGCAGGUGUUGAGUGUGGAAUUGGACCUUUGGUUAUGGUCUUUUGGUAUCAAAUGCCCCUCUCUUCAACAUCAUCGGACACUCUCUAUUUAUUAUUGAGUGGAUCUAAAGCUUGGUAGCCUUCUUGGUGAUUUCUCAUUUCUGUCAUUUAUACUUUUGUCAGAAAAUGCGAGAAAAGUUUUGACUGUUGGAGUGCUGAGGUAAUUUCGUUAGGAAAACCUCUGUUCAAUGUUUGAAAGAACACCUGCAUGUCAAUGAAUUUUGUUGCCAUAUAGAUAUUUUUAAGGAUCCUUGGUAACUGAGAUAUCAUCUUGUCUUGGUAGGUGGAUAAACAUGGAUUUAAGUGCUUUAAUUUUGUGGCAGCAGGUGUUAUUGUUUAUGUGCUUAUCAAAGAGUAUUCAAAGAGAAGGCAUUUUGGAAA